UUUUUGUCGAUUCUCGAAACUCAUAGAAGCACUAAUCAGAAUUAAAUUCGUAUAAAUAUUGCAUGUACCGAUGCCUAUUCGCCAGUUCUAAUCCGAAAAUGAACCGAAGAUUACUUUCGGUUUUUUUCAGUGCGCUUGUUUGCAGUACUUUGGGCCAUGAACAUCUAAGGAGGCACGAACUACAAAGUCACCAUGAAAGAUCGCUUGGCUUCCAUCACUCAAGAAUAAAUCAACAACAAUGUAGCUUCAUCUGCCCGGUACCCAAUCCAUCUCCAGAAGUGGCCAAACCCAGUGAAUCCCUGAGUUUGGUCUUCAUCAAAGAGACGAAUGUGUUCGCUUUGGUAAACACCAUUCUGGAUGUGGCCAUCGUGUUCCAGAUAGGGGAACCCAUAGCACUCAUCACGAAUGGCAAAACUGGAGUAUCCAUCGUCAUCAACAUCGAUAAGGAAACCGUAGUCUACUUCCCAUCUGGAUGCAAUGAUAAUCUCUGGAGAGAUCAGAUAACGCUGGUGGAGUACCUCCAGAAACUUGGUCCACUCACCAACGUGAACAAUUGGAAGAACGGACAAAGUUUCAAGCUUACAACUGUAACGAAAGAAGUGAAGAAUAUUAUUAUUUCCAUCGUCGAAACCCUAGACGUUGAAAUUGCUUUGAGAGCUAAAUCUAACCCUGACGCGAUCAUCUCUCUGAUUUCUGUCGUGGUCAACAACUUGCUAGGGGCUAAGGGUGUUCUUCAAAUUCUACUCGUGAAACUAAAUUCCUCGCAGACUCUUAUCGUCGGAGGACUCCUCAAAGUUGUGAAUUUGGUUGUUGGACUGAAAUUUUUGGGAACUAAAUUGAAUGGAGGUCUUCAGGCUAUCAUCAAAGAGGACACAAGUGUUUCUCUCCUGCUUGGUGAAAACUCAGGGCUCAGCAGUUUGAUCGAUUUGUUGAUCCAAGUCAGUGCAAAUGUGGAUUUGACCAAAGUCUUAGGGGAUUUACUGAAAAGCCCCGAAGACAUUUUUGCACUUGCCGUACAAUUAGAUGGAGGAAUAUACUAUGGCGUAUCUGGAAUAACUGCUGUUAUAUACAAUGUUCAACUUUACGCAGCCAAGAAAAUAUCUCUGGAAGCCCUGAUCGAUAUACUCCUUCAAGUACAAGCUGUGAAUGGACAUGUGAAGAUCACUAAGGAAGUAUGGAAUAACUUAUUGAACUGGUACUUCGUUUUGGCUCAGUCUCAAGCAUCCCAAUACCACACCGACAGCUCUUGGUCAACCCUAAAUAAAUUCUUCCAAGAUAUGAAGGACGAAAAACUUGUCAUAAAUGGAAUCAAUGUAUCCGCCAUCAUCAACCUAUUGAUAUCUACAUCUGGCAACGCUUCCUUAAGCAACGUUGUGAAGAUCUUAGUUUAUCUCAAACCCGUUUGUGCUCUGAACAAACUUAUCGCAACUUUGUACUUCAGACUCAUCUAUUUCGUUAUAUCUGGACAGGGUCUAGUUUUUAUCCACGUCUUGUUGCCCGAUAUAUCCAUCAGCAUUAAUUUAUCUUCAACUACAAGCAUUCUCAAACAAAUACUGUCCAGUGUCAAUGUUCUCCAGAUCGUAUCUUACCUUCUCAGGUUAGAUAUCGUAGGUGCCAUCACCCAUCUCCCAGUUCUUGGUCCCAUCUUGAAGGCGCUAGAUGAAAUCUUAAAGGCUGUAGGCUUAGCGGCUGAAGUCACUGUAACUUCUGCUUUGAAAGCAGUUGGAUCUAUCCUUGACGAUUUGAAGAAUAUAAUUUUGUUCGGUUUAGGACGAGGUGGAAAAGCCCCAUCCGAUUCUGGAAUUGCAGGUCUCUCCAUUUAUGGAGGAGGUUUAUCCGUCAGUAUAAAAACUACUUGGUCGUCAUCUGUACAAUGGUCAUCGUCGAGUUCAGGCUCAGGUUCAUCAUCGCAAGGUACAACUGCUUCGAGCAUUGGUAGUUCCGGUUCUUCUUCAGGAGGAAUAAGCAUAGGAGGAGGGUCCUCUAGUUCUAAGGGAAGUAGUUCAGGAUCAACAGCAUCACCGUCUAGCCCCUCAGGAGGGUCAGGUUCUCACACAGGAGGAAUAAGCAUAGGAGGCGGGUCCUCUAGUUCUAAGGGAAGCAGUUCAGGAACAACUGCAUCAGCAUCUAGCUCCUCAGGAGGGUCAGGGUCAGGAGGAAUAAGCAUUGGAGGAGGUUGGUCUGGUUCAGGAGGAAUAAGCAUAGGGGGAGGUUCAUCCAGUUCUAAGGGAAGUAGCUCUGGAACCACUCCAGCAUCUUCCAGCUCAGCAGGUGGUAGCGCAGGCGGAUCAGGAUCUCACUCAGGAGGAAUAAGCAUUGGUGGAGGUUCAUCCAGUUCUAAGGGAAGUAGCUCUGGAACGACUGCAGCAACUUCCGGCGGCUCAGCAGGUGGUAGCGCAGGCGGAUCAGGAUCUCACUCAGGAGGAAUAAGCAUUGGAGGUGGUGCAUCUAGUUCUGGAGGAAGCAGUUCAGGAGGAUCAGGCUCUGGCUCGGGAGGAAUAAGCGUAGGAGGAGGUUCAUCUAGUUCUGGAGGAAGCAGCUCAGGAGGAUCAGGAUCCCACUCGGGAGGUAUCAGUGUAGGCGGAAAUGCCGGAUCAGGGGGUGGAGGAAGUAGCUCUGGUGGAUCUGGUUCUCACUCUGGUGGAAUAAGUGUAGGAGGAAAUGCUGGCUCUGGUGGUUGGGGAAAUGCCAAUGGAGGUUCAGCAUCACAUUCAGGAGGUAUCAGCGUAGGAGGUUCAGGUUCUUCUGGUGGAGGAGACAAAGGAUCAAAUGGUUGGUCUUUGGGAAAUUUGCUCGGUGGAAAUGGAGGUAGUACAUCCUCCCAUCGCUGGACUUUGUUUUAAGAACUCAAAACAGGUUUAACAACACGAUAUUAGGAUUAAUUACUUAGUUUUAACACAGACUGUCCCAACAACCAAUGUUAGUUUUAAGGUGUUUUAAAUAUAAUUGAAAGAUUCGAAUAAAGUUAUAAAUUAAA